AUGAUGAAUUCCUCGACUACUUUUCAAAACGAUCUAUUGAGAAGAUUAGUAAAGGUAUUUUACAAGGGUUCAUUGCAGUUUUCUUUGCAACCGAAAGAAGUGGAGUUCUUAACUUGGGAACAACAACAGAAGUUCUUGGAUGCUACUGUUAAUAGCGAAAGAGUAAAGAAGUAUCCAGUUAACAGUGACUUUGCUAGGUUAUUUUUCAAGAAACUUUUGAUAUACUUGGAACCGAGGCAAGAAGUUCACGACGAUAUUUAUUGUUAUUUAUGUUCGUUGAUGGAAAAAGACCGCGAAAAUGAGAGCUUUUAUUACCGACAUUAUGUUAUUGGAGAAGAUUUGAAAAACGUUAUAAUAAUAAAAGAGACAAAAAAUAUGGUUGUUAAUGGAACUACUGGAAUGAAGACUUGGGAGGCUGCUCUAAUGCUUGCAGACUGGGUUCUGAGCAAUGAGGCUUUAUUUCGCAAUAAGAAGAUAUUAGAACUUGGCUCAGGUGUUGGUUUCACAGGAAUAACAAUAGCAAAACAUUGUAAAAUCAACUCUAUUCUAUUAACAGAUUGUCAUGAAGAUGUGUUAAAUGCUAUUUGUGAUAAUAUUGCAUUUAACUUCCCACAAAACAGCUUGACAGAAGGAUCCAUGAAAAAAGAAUUCACAGAUGGCAAUAAAGUAUUAGGAGUAAUGAUGCUUGACUGGGACAAUGUUCAAAAUCUAUCAAAUGAUUUAUUACCAGAUGUAAUAAUUGGCUCUGACAUCAUUUAUGAUCCUUCCAUCUUAAAACCACUUUGCAAUGUGAUAAAAAUAUUCACAAGUCGAAAUAAAAGCAUAGAAAUUUAUGUAGCUAACAUAAUCAGAAAUGAAGAUACUUAUAAGCAGUUUUUAAGGACACUUGACGUGUUCGAACUUGAUCAUGAAGAAAUAAGUCAUACAAAAAAUGCUUCUGUGGAGUGGGACGUAAAUAUUCAUAAGUAUACAAUCAUAAGAAUAAAAGAUAAGCAGUAA